AUGGUUUGCCGUACCUUUUUGUUCCUCUCCGUUAUCUGCGUUGCUCUCGUCAAUGGUGUUCCUGUCACUAAAGGGACUGAAGACCAUUCAUCCACUCCAUCAUCUGCUGGUACACGCUUAUCUGCACGUCAGGAUCAUGGCACAAGCGGUUUAUGUAACUUGCCUGGUAUUAGCCUUGUCGCGGCAAUGACGGGACUUUGUUCAUCAACUACAACGACAGGAGACUCAACUGGAACCCUGGAUGGCGUUGUCGGGCCACUGGGUGGCGAUACGGGUGCCGUAAGUGGCCUUACCGGGUCAGAUCAGACUGCACCAGCACCAGCAGAACAACCUAGCGGAGCAACCGAAGCCGCUAAUGGAGCAGGAUCAACAGGACAAGCUGGAGGGGCAGCUGCCGCUAAUGGAGCACCUGGCCCUUAA